ACGUGCGCACGCACGCAUACGUGAAUUUAUAUAAACCCUAAAAGGACAGUACAUUGGAUCAUAAUGUAAUUGGAAUACUUCUCUAAAAGAAUUCAUGGGUUCAAAAAACAUGAAAGUCAAGAAGGCUACAUCUAACUCCCCAAGAAAUGCACCAAAACCCAAUUCACCAAAUGCCUCAGAGUCUAAGCUCAUCCCUUCCAAAGCUCCAAAGGAUCGUCAUGCCAAGGUUCACGGGCGUGAUCGACGUAUCCGCCUUCCACCAUUGUGUGCAGCUCGUGUGUUUCAGCUAACUCGUGAGCUCGGAAACAAAACAGAUGGUCAGACUGUAGAGUGGCUGUUGAAGAAAGCUGAGCCAUCCAUUAUUGCUCUAACUGGUAAAGAUAUUGCCUCUGCUACUCUAGAUUUGCCUGGCUGCAAGCCUUUUGAUCCAUCUUCUUCAUCAAACCUUUCUACUACUACAAAUUUUUUUGAAGAAACUUUUGAUGGAAACAACUAUGCUUUCCCAAUGGCUAAUGAAUGCAUACCUUUGCCAAAUUAUGAAUUUGAUUUGGUCUCGGAUUUUGAUAUGGAACUUUUUGCUCAUCACAUCGCCAUGCUUCAAGAAGUGGCAGAAAACUCUGAGCGCGAAACUGAGGACGACGAUGACUGAGAUUUAGAUUAAUGGCAAUUUAUGUCAUGUAAUCAAUAUAAAUGGUAUCUCUCUGUAUGGCCAGGAUGAUAGAUAUGGAGAAGUAUGAACAAUAUAUUUGCUAGUGAAAAGGAAAAUAAUAAUCAAAGAAUGAAAGAAAACUAGUUAUGUUCUUUGUUAUCAAUGGAAAAGAAUUCAAUUUAUAGGCAGAUGAGCAGUUUGGUCGAUGCCUAACCGUCCAAAUCAUAUUAUUGCUUGCCUGUCCUUAUAUGGCCUUACAAGCUUUUAGCCAUCCACCAUACCAUCACAGCGCUUGCAAAUUUAACAAGAACUCAUUCCAUUACUUCUUCCGACUUCAUUGAAGCCACAUUCGCUUUGAAUGCUAGCAACCCCAUUCGAGUUUCCCCCAAGUGCGAGUAAAAACUGCUAGCUGUGCCAUGAUUCUUUAUAUCAAGAAUAUCGUUGACAAAUCAUUAUUAUUGUUGUUCAUGUUUCGUCUCACCAAAAUUUUUCACAUCUUACAUCAGUCUCCACAUCCAAAAUCAACCAUUUUGAAUCCUACUAGUAAACUACUCAAGGAUUGUUUAGAAAAAAAAAAAUUCUUUAAAAAAGAUAGCUUUCUCUUCUUUAUAAUAAAACUUUAGGGAUACUAGACAUUCGGUUUUCACAAGCUAUCCCUUUUUCUCCGUCCUUGGGUGUCCUAUUGUUAAUGACCUUUAAAGUUUAAAGAAUUUAAAGAACAAAUGAAACUAGGUAUCAUGAAAUGGAUUGGUAUUAAUAUAGAGAUCUCUAUAUACAGAAACUAAAUCUCAACUCUUACAAUUUGUUUUGAUAAUAAAUUCAAAAAUUUCAAACAAAGCCUAAAAUCCAAUAAGUUUAUCCAACGGACCAUAUACCCAUUAUGGUGAGUCAAAUUAACAUAUACCCCCAAGGAGAGGGUAAUGGAGUUUUGUAAGAGCGCAAAUAGUAGCUUCGUGAUGUCAAA